AUGUUGAUCAAGCUUCUUUCGCAAUGGAACCUCAGGGAGGUAUAUCUGGACAACAUCCGCCUCCAGGAGGACGAAGCCCUCGCGAGUGGCCACGCCAAGAAGUACGUGAGGUGGAGCGGAUUCCCAGUGCUCUGGGACGCCGUGCUCCGCGCUGUCUCCGAGCAUGGCACGGGAGUGACACGCGUGCUUGGGCUACGCGACCUCGGAGAAUGUCAUUGUGAUGCGCAGGCGACCAAUGUCUCCUUCGAUCACGAUCCCAGUACGCCGGAUGUGGCGGUUUCCCGCGACGGCCAACAAGUGGUGGCUACCGCCCGCCCGGGUAUCGCGGACGUGUUCGAACGGGCAGCAUCGGCGCUCCAUACCCCUGCUGGCGCAUUGCCUCCUCCACCAGAGCAGCCUACCAGUCACCCGAAGCUCGCCCAACUGCCCGAAGACGUUCUCCUGCUCAUCGUUGCCCAGGUACCGCGGCGCACCAUUAGCCACCUACGGUUGAUGUGCAAGGCGCUCGCGGACGCGCUCUUGCAGGUAGCUGCCAGCGUCGUACGGUCUGUAUCGAUCGUACCCUCCGCACCCGGCGUCGAGGUGCUCGCUAGCAUUGCCUCGUCAACGUUUGGCCCGUAUGUCCGGCACGUCUGGAUGGCGCUCGAGUACGAGCCGGACGCCGCUUUCGACCCUCUCGCCCCAGGCCCCUCGGCUCGUUUGGCGCAGCUCGCGUUCCUCGGACUCGAGGCCAUUCCACUCAGCAGUACGCCAACAGGGGAUGACACGCCGUUCGCUCGCGGGCUCGGAAAAGCGCUCAGCAGCCUCCCGGCACUUCGAAGGGUCGGCGCCGUGGCGGCGCGAGGGCCGAAGCCCAACGGCUUAAAGGACAAGGACCAGUGCGUGACCAACGCCGUCUUCCGCGGCCUCCUGUUCGCCGCUGCUCGUGCCCAUGUUGCGGGACGGACCAUCGACACCGUUGAAUUCGAGGCAGGUGGCGAAACUGAAGGCUCUUUCUACCCUCGCCGAAAGAAUGAGGACCGUUCGCCCCCACAGCUGAGUGACCCGGCGUUCACACUCACCUCCUCCCAACGCGAGCGGGUGGCGCCGCUCCUCGGCGCACUGCAGACCCUGCGUCUCGACGUGUUCGGGUCUUCUGACGUGACUGUGCGCGAAGACUCCGGAGUCUGUGAAUUCAUCCCCCUGUGCACUGGUCUCGUUUACCUCGACCUGGAGGACGCCGUGGGAUCGGUGCUGCCCACGAAGACGGCGCCGCAAGCUGCAUCGCAGUACUCUACCCUGUCCGAGACGCAGGGGGGCAUACCCGUGCACAGGCCCGUUUUCAAGUGGACCGGCCAGCUUGCCGAUGCACUGGCACCGCUCACCAGACUCGAGGUUCUGUGGCUGAAACGAUACGCCUUUUCACUCUCAGUCCUCAUCCAGCUCCUCACUCAAGUGCAGCUGCGUUGCAUUAUGCUCAUGGAGAUUACGCUGGAAGGCGACGCAACUUUGGCCACGGACGACGUCCCGCGACUGUGGGACCAGGUGUUGCGGGCAGCCUCGAACCACGCCACGCGGAAGACCCAUCGACUAGGGCUCAGUUUCCUCCGCGAGUCGCAUGGGAAUGCAGACGACCGAAGCACGUACAAAGUCGAGUUCGACUGCGGGCCCGACGCCCGCGAGCACGCGCACGACGCCAUCUUCGAGGCCGGUACAUGCGUGAAGCUGUACCUCCGGGAGUUCAUGCGGGAUGGCGAUGAAGAAGGAGGCUAUGACCGGGAUGUGUUCGUCCGCGCGGCAGAUCUCCUGACUGAGCCCACCUCGAUGGUCGAUGAGGAGAGCUUGGUUUAUGACUGGGAGAUAUAG